CGAGAAAGAGAAUUAUGGUGCCCCCGAGCACAGUGAAUGUGAAGCCGGUGACUCCACAAGAAGUGCGGUAUUCGGAUCAACGAUAUCCGCGGCUACAUCAAGAACUGCGUCAUCUUCAGGAUGCAACAACAGUACUACAGCACCAUCCAUCAAGAACCCUUCUCUCGCUCUCCUCACUAGUUUACCUCACAUCUCCCAAGCUCUUUCUAUCGCUCAGGACUUCGUCAAAUGUGGAUACUACUUCAAUCGGAAGCGGUUUCUAAGGGGCGUUGAUCGCUUGCCAAAGAGAAACAGGAAAACCAGGAGCCGAGUUUCGCAUAUUCACGAUCCUGAUGUGGCCGAUGAGAUCGGAGAUUUUUUUAGCGACGAUACACAAGAAAUGGUACGGAAUAUGAGAGAAGCUAGGUACGGGAGUGGUCGCGUUGGCACUGUAGUGUCUUCCCCCACAACUACAAGCAGAACCAAGAGAGCUGCGAAGAUGAGGGCAUCGACUUUUAGAAGACUAUCUUGUUCAGAAAGGACCACGAGAUUUCAGACGUACCCGAUUUUGGCAGCAGUAACAUCAAGUAGCCCCUCGAACACCCCAUUGCUGCAAGCUGUGCCGUUCCUGCCACCAUCAGCUCUAGUCGCGCUAGCACAGCUACUUGCUAGUUCUCAAGAUUUCUUUGGCGGCCGCCAAAACAACUUCAGCCAGCUGCUAAUUGCAUUAGAGAAAGCACUUUUCGCUGAGAAGAAAACAUCAAUUAUGUCUAGCAAAGUGUCGUCACUGUCUUUCUCCCCGUCCAGCACAGUCGUGUCCUCAUUUCCCACUGCAUCAACAAGCACAUCACUACAACAUGAGACGAGAAGCUUCGACUCUCUGUCUCAUUCUGAAUUUUGGACACUUCUUUCCGCAACCGCGGACCUGAAGUGGCACACAGCACAGACUCUGCUAGUGCAAGGCUUGGGGAGUUGGAUAAGAAGCAACCAUUCUCAGAUGGAUGUUUUUGAUACUAUGCGAAUACUCGAGGCUUGGGCUACUCUCUGCGUGCAUCCAACAGACAAAAAGCAGCACCAAGGAGAUGAUAUUAAAGAUCAUGACAACAGCGGAGAGGAUAAAGACGACCUGAACAUCAACCUGAACAUCAAGAAGUACCAUCAUCAAAGCAUCUUUCUGCUUCAUCGUCGAGUCGAAGAUGUGGCACAUCUAAUCCACACUUCUCAUCUAUUGCAGAUGUUAGACCAUAGCUACGUGCUCUUUCAGAAAGGACAUGGCUUUCCGGUUUCGGAGUUACUGUGGAGGAGGGCAGCGGCCCUGAAGUUACGUAUUCUGCCCUAUAUUCCAUCUUGAGUAGAUGAGGCCACGUCCUGAAGAUCAACGUGUUGCGUUAAUAUUCAGGGAAAUAAUACGGCUCUCACCUCAUCACGGAUGUAUCUCAUUCUCAAGAUGGAUUAGAAUUGUACUCACCGCUAAUGCAAACGUGCUCAGCAACGUCAGUUUGCGACAGUAUACUAGCAGACGACGGAGGUGGGGCAGAAAGAGCACGUGCUAGAACACUGGCUCGCAAGAUUCAAUCAGAUUUUGAUAGGAGUCACCCAGACGAUGGCUUCUCUGGGACAUUCACAUCACUGGCACAAAAGGAAUUUUGUAGGGCAUAUCUGUGAGGUGAUGCAAGCUAAGGUAAGUAGUACUAACAUAAACGUUAAUAUCGCGCACGCGCAGUGAAGCACUGACUGACGUUAACUACAAUUUAUUCACAUCUAAUGACAUGGGCACUAGGAAAGAUGCAUCUAAUGACAUCUACUGUAGGUCGAAAGGACCAAUGAAUUGACACAUCACCAUAUUAUUGAGGCGCACGG